AGAGAGCCUGGCAAAAUGUUCGUGCAGAAAGGUGUGGCAUUUGUGAGGGACAGUGAUGUCGGCAAGAAAGACAUGAUAGGGACCAGAAGGUCUGCCGCAGGCGCGAGCCUCAGAAGUGAGUGGAAGGGACUAGCGGUAUGUGCGCGCUCCCGCAGUCCCCCAGCAAUCCCGGCGGGCUCUGAAGUACAGACACUCCGCUCUGAUCCUUGGUCCCGCCCCGGACCCGCCCACCGCGCACAGCGGGGCGAGCUCCCCAUGCCCAUCAGCGAGCUGCUGCUUCGCCAUUGGCUAACUGACCGGAGGGGGCGGGCGGACAGUUCCCGGAAGCACGGGAGGCCCCACGAGCAGCGGACCCGGAGUCCAGAAGCGGGCCCCUGUGGGGGUUUGGGGGCCCGAAAGUUUCAUCAGGAUGGAGCUGGGAAAGGCCUGGGUGAGGAGGACAUUCGGAGGGCACGGGAGGCCCGUGUCAGGAAGACACCGCGGCCCCAGCUGAGUGACCGCUCUCGAGAACGCAGGGUACCUGCCUCCCGGAUCAGUCGGCUGGCCAGCUUUGGGGGACUGGCUGUGGGCUUGGGGCUGGGAGUUCUGGCUGAGGCAGCCAAGAAGUCCCUGCCAGGAGGACAUCUGCAGUCAGACAGCGGCUCCCAGCUGGGCUCCAGCCCUUUGCUAUCUGAGGCCAACGCCGAGAGGAUCGUGCAGACCUUAUGUACAGUUCGGGGGGCCGCCCUCAAGGUUGGCCAAAUGCUCAGCAUCCAGGAUAACAGCCUCAUCAGCCCCCAGCUGCAGCGCAUCUUUGAGCGGGUCCGUCAAAGCGCCGACUUCAUGCCCCGCUGGCAGAUGCUGAAAGUUCUGGAAGAGGAGCUGGGCAAGGACUGGAGAGCCAAGCUAGCCUGCCUGGAGGAGGUCCCCUUUGCUGCUGCCUCAAUUGGGCAGGUGCACCAAGGUGUGCUAAAGGAUGGGACCGAGGUGGCUGUGAAGAUCCAGUACCCGGGUGUUGCCCAGAGCAUCCACAGCGAUGUGCAGAACCUGCUGGCCUUGCUCAAGAUGAGCACAGCCCUACCGGAAGGCCUAUUUGCUGAGCAGAGCCUGCAGGCCUUGCAGCAGGAGCUGGCGUGGGAGUGUGACUACCGUCGAGAGGCAGCCUGCGCCCAGAACUUCAGGCAGCUGCUAGCAGAUGACCCCUUCUUCCGGGUCCCAGCUGUGAUUAAAGAACUGUGCACGACCCGUGUGCUGGGCAUGGAGCUGGCAGGUGGGGUCCCCCUGGACCAGUGCCAGGGCCUGAGCCAGGACAGCCGGAACCAGAUUUGCUUCCAGCUGCUGAGGCUGUGUCUGCGGGAGCUAUUUGAGUUCAGAUUCAUGCAGACAGACCCCAACUGGGCCAACUUCCUGUACGAUGCCUCCAGCCACCAGGUGACCCUGCUGGACUUCGGUGCAAGCCAAGAAUUCGGGACAGAGUUCACAGACCACUACAUUGAGGUGGUGAAGGCUGCAGCUGAUGGAGACAGAGACUGUGUCCUGCAGAAAUCCCGGGACCUCAAAUUCCUCACAGGCUUUGAAACCAAGGCAUUCUCCGAUGCCCAUGUGGAGGCAGUGAUGAUCCUGGGGGAGCCCUUUGCUGCCCCUGGCCCCUACGACUUCGGGGCUGGGGACACUGCCCGCCGCAUCCAGGGCCUCAUCCCAGUGCUGCUGCGGCACCGGCUGCGCCCUCCACCUCAGGAGACCUACGCCCUGCACCGCAAGCUGGCAGGGGCCUUCCUGGCCUGUGCCCGACUCCACGCCCACAUUGCCUGCCGGGACCUCUUCCAGGACACCUACCACCGAUACUGGGCCAGACGCCAGACACAGCCGUUGCCAGCAGCCUCCUGACCAGGGAACCUCCCUGCAGACCCCAGGGCGGCCUCCAUCUAGGGACUCCAGCUCCAUGGCAGCCCAUCCCCUGCCGUGGCACCUCCUGUCCUUCCCAGUCCUGGCCUCGGGAGCCCCCAGGAGGCCUCCUGGUCUUGCCUAGCUCCCCUCCUUGGCCCAGGAUCUCAGGAAACCUGGGGCUAGGGUUUCCCCCAGUUCACAGCUCCUCCCACUCCAACUGGGCAUCCAGGAACUCUAAGCCAGGGAACUGGUCCACUGAUUUCUGACAACCCCCGCGGGAGCCUUUGACUCACCUCCGCCUCCGGUCUCCCAGGAUCGGGUGGUAAAGGGGAAGAGACGGUUGGAGGAGGCAGCCUCACCUUUGCUUGCUUUACUCUUCCACCAGCUGCCUUCUCUCCGGUCCAGACUCGUGUAUUGGAGGGGUGGGAGCGGGGAUUGAACCUUCCCUCCGAAUAAAAGCGACCCUCCCCUUCC